AUGCUAGGUCAAGAGCUUGGUGAAAUCAAGGCAUCAAAUCUUUGGUACAAGAGCAGCGGAAGAGAUGUUGGGAACAGCAUCGUGAUCAGGCAAGCGAAAUUCGGAUGGAAGCCUGAUAACUACAUCAUCAACACAGGUGAUUUCGAGAUUCAAGAGGGCGCCCUGACAGUCAUCAUGGGCCCUGUUGGCUGUGGCAAGAGCACUUUACUCUAUGGUCUACUCAACGAGAUACCUCACAGUAGUGGACAGAUUUGGCUGAAAUAUCGCAAUGUGUCACUCUGCGAACAGACACCUUGGCUCGUUAGUGGAUCUAUCCGCCAUAACAUCACCUGCGGCUCAGCCUUGGACGAAUCUUGGUAUGAUAAAGUUCUCGAUGCAUGUUCCUUAUUGCAUGACCUUGAUCAUCUCUCGGGCAGAGAUUUGCAUGAGGUUGGCAAUGAUGGAAGCAGCCUCAGUGGAGGGAAAAGGAAGCGUAUAGCACUUGCCCGUGCUAUCUACGCUCGAAACCCUGUUAUAUUUCUGGAUAAUCCUCUCAGCGGUGUUGAUCAUGGAACAGCAGCGCACAUCGCCCAGGCCCUGAUCGGGAAUGGAGGUUUACUCCGUACCGGCGGCAUAACUGUGUUAACUGUCACCGAUUCUAGUAAGCUAACAGGCGAUAUCACCCGUCAUGCCGAUAACGCCCUGGUUAUAGAUCAAGAAGGAUCCGUGACUAUGACUAGAGAAUCAACUAAUUUUGAUGGCCGUAUUAUGGUGGCUAAUUCUACAAAAGACGAUAUCGAGGACAUAAACGACAGGCAUAACCAAGGUCAAGCCGCAGAUAACACAUCUGCAGGGCAGCACCUCGAACUCACCGCGGCAAAGGCAGACCUACGACGACCUACCGGCGAUUGGAGCCUCUACAGCUUCUAUACUCAUGCUACCGGCCGAUAUAACACAACAGUCUUUUUGUGCCUUUGCUUGUGUUGCGCGUUCUGCUAUCAGUUCUCGACCGUUUGGAUCCAGUGGUGGUCAGAUGCCACCAACUCCACGGGCAGAAAGUCGAACGGGUUCUACCUGGGCAUAUACGCUCUGCUCUGUGCUCUCGGGCUAUCAACUUUAUACUUGGCUUGCUGGACAUCUAUGGUGACCAUGGUAACGCGAUCAGCCAUAAAGCUUCACCUGAUGGUCCUCACAACUGUUUUCAACGCCCAUGUGUCCUACUUUUCUACCAUCGACGACGGCGUCACAUUGAACCGAUUCAACCAGGAUAUGCAGCUGACAGACUACACCUUACCACUAGCUGUUGUCAACACGUUCCUCUUUGCGUCUAUCUGCCUUGUACAAGCUGCUGUCAUAUCAGCAACGGCAAAUUAUAUGGCUGCGGCGAUACCCUUCUGUCUGGUAGUGAUAUACUUCAUUCAGCGCUUCUACCUCCGCACGUCACGCCAGCUUCGUUUACUGGACAUUGAAGCAAAGGCGCCGUUGUACACCAACUUCAAGGAGACAAUUCUGGGUAUGAAUACGAUACGUGCCUAUGGCGGAGAAUUCGGAUCUUUCCUCAAGGAGAAACAUGUAGAGGUCUUGGAUGACUCACAACAACCUAUCUACCUCUUGUAUACUGUCCAGAGGUGGUUGUCCCUAGUACUUGAUCUUGUGGUUACCUGUCUGGCUACACUUCUCGUCGUUGUGGCCGUUCAGACGAGAUCCGGUACUUCAGGUUCUGAUAUGGGUGUGGCUUUAGUCAAUCUGACGUCUUUCAACCAAUACCUCACCAUGUUGAUCCGCUGCUGGGCUUCAAUGGAAACGUCGCUGGGCGCUAUCGCUCGAAACAAGGACUUUUCUCACGAAACGCCUGUCGCCAACGGCUGCGGCCAUGUGCCCCAGCCAGACUAUGACGGCUAUCAGAGUAUUGUAUUUGAAGACGUCUCUGUCGUCUAUAGGAAGCCUAAAACAUCGCUUGAAAACGCCGAAGACAGCUCAGAAGACACGAGUGAUCUAAACCUCAAUCAUCAAGCGCUUGACUCUAUCAAUCUAACGAUACGAUCUGGAACGAAGCUGGCUAUAACUGGACGCUCGGGAAGCGGUAAAUCAACUCUGGUCUCUAGUCUUUUCCACAUACUACCAUUGCCCUCCGGAAAAAUAUCCAUUGGAGGCAUGGACGUUAUGUAG